CGAGUACCCGGGGCUGUCCUAACCAACUUCUGAUGGUGUGUUGCUAUGCCUCUGGCUCUUAUUACGGUCAGAUUAAAAGCAAACACAGGGAUUAUUGCAAAACUGAUCCAUUUUUUCAGUUUUAGUUUUUGAUUUCUCGGGGCAAAAUUGGGAUAUGUGCCUCCAGUCUUAUCCUACAGCAGUCGUGCAUAUCCUCCUUCAUAAAAAAACAGAGCCUUGUGAACAGUCUUCUUGAUCAGAAAGCUUCGCGUUCCAACCAUCGAUUAUUUUCCAGAGCUCUGUUCAUUGGUAGGUAGGGUCUUUAUAAUGGUAGGUACUCUCGAUAUUAUUUUUUAGAGCUAUGAUCAUUGGUAGGUCAAUCUUACACGACUGGGUUAGUCCACAAACAUAGGAAGCUUUGGCCUCUGUUUGGACAGCGGACACGACUCACCCAAUUACGGUUUCGAUCCAUUUCUGAUAAAUAAUAUUUCUAAACUGGUUUCCAUCCACUUCCAUUAUUCAACACACCAACCUCGCACCAAUAAAGAAACGAGUGAGUAACGUAGAUGACGAUGAGCAUGACCCGGUGGACGGCGACGGCGGCCAGCAUAUGGAUCCAGUGCUUCGGCGGUGCAUCCUACACCUUCAGCAUCUACUCCUCCGCGCUCAAGUCCUCCCAAGGCUACGACCAAUCAACGCUCGACACCGUGUCCGUCUUCAAGGACAUAGGCGCCAACGCUGGCAUCCUCUCCGGACUCCUCUACUCCGCCGUGGCGCUCAACCGCCGCGCCUGUUUCGGGGGGCCUUGGUUGGUACAUGUGGCGGGGGCAAUCCAGUGCUUCGCCGGGUACUUCUUCAUCUACGCCGCCGUGUCCGGGUUGGUCGAGCGGCCGCCGGUGGCGGUUGUUUGCUUGUUCAUGUUCUUGGGGGCUCAUUCUCAAACGUUCUUUAAUACGUCUAAUGUCGUCACUGGCGUACAGAAUUUCUCUGACUAUGGUGGGACCAUUGUUGGUCUUAUGAAGGGAUUUAUGGGUCUUAGUGGAGCAAUACUGGUCCAAUUCUAUGACACACUAUGCAAAGGCAACCCCAGCAACUUCCUCUUAUUGCUGGCCUUGUUGCCAACACUGGUCUCCAUUUUGUUCAUGCCCUUUGUGAGAAUCUAUGGAGCUUGUAGAGCUGAAAUUGACAAGAAGUACUUAAAUUACUUCUCUGCUUUUGCUCUGCUCAUUGCUGCUUAUCUCAUGGUCACAAUCAUACUGAGAAACAUCUUCACUUUUCCAUUGUGGGCUAGUGUCUUCACAUUCACAUUACUUCUUCUGAUUCUACUCGCCUCGCCCAUUGGAAUUGCAAUCAAAGCUCAAUUCAUGGAGUUAAAGAGACAGCGAGAAACGAGUACUUCUGCUGCUAGUUAUGCUUUACUUGGGAAAGAGGCCUCUAGAGAAUAUGAUCAUGAAGAUAUGAAUCUUGUGAGUGCUAUGAGCUCUGUUAAUUUCUGGUUUUUGUUUAUUGCAAUGCUUUGUGGAAUGGGUACUGGCUUGGCCACCAUAAACAACAUGAGCCAAUUAGGCCAGUCACUUGGUUACACAACUGUAGAGAUAAACACCUUUGUUUCUCUAUGGAGUAUAUGGAACUUUCUAGGCAGGUUUGGAGCUGGGUAUGUCUCAGAUUUUUUGCUGCACACAAGAGGAUGGGCAAGGCCAUUGUUAAUAGCUCUCACUCAAGCAACAAUGGCUGCUGGGCACCUUGUAAUUUCAUCUGGGUUUUCUGGAAAUCUAUAUGUGGGUUCAGUCAUUGUAGGCAUCUGUUAUGGUUCACAGUGGUCACUAAUGCCCACCAUUAGUUCUGAGAUAUUUGGUGUUACACAUUUUGGUACCAUUUUCAACACAAUUGCCAUAGCCAGCCCUCUUGGGUCUUACAUUUUCUCAGUGUGGGUGAUUGGGUACAUUUAUGACAAACAAGCUUCUCGACAACAUGAGUCCUCCUGCAGUGGCACUCACUGCUUCAUGUUGUCUUUUCUGAUCAUGGCCUCUGUUGCCUUGUUUGGGUCUCUUGUUUCUCUUGCACUGUUCUUCAAAACCAAGAGCUUCUAUGACUCCAUUGUGUUAAAUAGAUUGCGGCAUUUUCCAAACUAGCGAGUGAAAAAGAUGAAAACUUUGUGUACUUGUAAUUUUCAACUUUUCAUCAUGUGAAGUGUGAACUCGUAACAAAUUAUAUUUAUUUCCGGAAAAUAAAAAGAUAAUUUUCUGCCA